AUACUUCCAGUCACAGCCCCAUGAAGACAGUGUAACUAGAAGAUAUCUGCAUUGCAGGACUAACCCGGAUCACGAUGUCUGGACAGCAGGAGAGCAUAAACAACGUGGCAUCCACAGGACACGCCAGUCAUCAUAACAAAAGGCCCGUUGUCCUAAUUUACCCGACGGUUUCUCCAGAGACAGUGGUCAUCCCGAUCAUCUCCUGCAUCUUCGGCUUCCCCCUGCUCGCCCUGCUGGUGAUCUGCUGCCUGAGGAGGAGGGCCAAGAUGGCGCGGGAGCAGGCGCGUCGCCGCAACUGCGAUACAGAACACGGUACUUUCUCUAUAGUCAGGUUCAGCCCAAUACACUAUCUAGGUAACUAG